CAACCGCUAAAAAGCUUACUAAUCGUCGAAUUUUGCCGUAAACAAAAAUUAUUCAUUCAUUAUCGAUUCGUGGAACAUUCAGUAAUGAGUGAACGUUUAAUUCUCAUCGGGUUUCGGAAUGGAGCGAUUCGUUGUAAUGAUGCCAGAGCGAAAAUCGUGCGCCGACGAUAUAAUGGCCGAAAGCUUUUAAAUUAUUCUCAUGUUUCACCCCUUUAUUAUUCCAAUUUUAAAUUUCACCACCCAUUAGUGCAACUUCAAUCGAAUUACUUUAAUGGUGCCCACACAAAAAUUAUUUUAUAUUUUCAGGUGGCUUUUUGUAUGUGAGUGCGAUGGAGGAGAAGAAACAGUAUUCGGCAUUGACGAUAGACCGAGCGGCGUUUCUGCUGCUGCGUGUCAAGAAGGCGUUCAAGAAGAAAAAACUGCAACGGAAGGAAAGGGAGAGAAGUGCGCAAUUGGCGAUGUCCAGAACAGACCAACGAACCUCUUGCGCGGGUUUAGAAAGUACAGGCCGCAACGCCAGGAAACCACCACCCCUUUUACGAUCAAGAACCUUGCCGGCAAUUGUAGUUCCAGGCGUGAACAUAAUCCAAGCUCAAUUGGGCAAUUACAACGUUGAACCGCAAACCAGUAGCCAUUCCAGAUUCCACACCUCCAGAAUGUCAUUCAGUCGCGAUGAUACCGUUGCCUUGGACAUGAGACGGAAGUCGGCGGUCAGUAGGUUAUGCGGAAGUGGAAAUUAUGGUCCGGAACGAGGAUCCGAUGGCACUCUACUGCUUAGAGUGCCCGCACCGCACGUGGUGGCAGCCAGGGCUUUAAGAAUCUCGAGUCCUGGAACCAGCAACACAGCACUUUACAAGAUUAGCAGGCUGUUAAGUCAGGGCGGCUCUAAAAAUACUACGGACGAUCAGAACGUGACCAGAAGGUUGAGUUGGGAAAGAAGGGGCACUAUAAGCAGCCGGCUUCCCAGGUCGUCCAGCAUCGACUCAAUGGUUGAAGCUGUGUGGGCCGAAAGCUGCGAAACGCAAGAGAUCGUUUGUCCAGAGAAAAGACCUUCUUUGAGACCGGAUCGGCCUAUGGCUCUCGUUUCACCCUCAGUGGGCAGGAGAAUGAAAGGACAACGUGGAGUCAACGCCUUGUUCGCCGCCGUCGAGCAUGGCCACUUGGAGAAGGCCAGGACAAUAUUAGAGAGCACCGACGUGGACGUUAACAGUUUAAACAACGACGGUCUGUCACCGCUGGACGUGGCAGUUCUGAGCAACAACCGGCCACUGGUCAAAAUGUUAAUCAGUUUCGGAGCCACCGAGGGUAACAAAUUUUCGAACAGUGACAAGAUUGGAAAUCAUCUGAAACAACUGUUGGGAGAGGCGGAAAUGAGACUGCAAGAACUUGGGGGACUAUUGGAAGAGCCGCUCGGUGCACCCUUAAACACUCGAGCAUCGUUCUCCAGUAUUAUCGGUAAUGCGUAUCCGGCUUCGACCAUGACGGGCUGUGCGGGAGGCGACACCGAGAAACAAGCCAUAGCGUGGGGUAGAAGGGCCAAAACCCUUAAAAGGUUGGUUUUAGGUUUCGCACAAGCGAGGCCACCUGACCCUCCAGGCUUGGUAGCCAUUGAUGUUACAUCGCAUAACUCAGUUGCGAUCAGAUUACAAGAACCCAACCAGUUGGACUCACCCAUCGCUACAAAAUUCAAAGUACAAUGGUCAACAAGGGCAGACUUUUCAAUAAUUACGGGCGAAACAGAAAUAAUGGACAUGUCGAAUCCCGUUUGCAACAUAGAACUGACACACGGAAGGAGGUAUUUUUUCCGAGCGGCCUGUGGCAACCUCAAAGGUUUCGGCACAUAUCUCUCUUCCACACCUUCCUCGGUCGUACCUUCAAGUUGGCGGGAACUGGACGGGAGGGAGUCGAGGUUCGGCAACAGGUUCAGACAGUUGGAACAACUGACCGAAGAAGUGAGAAGGGCCAGACCCGGCAGCGAGAUUCUAGAAAUCGCCGGACCUGCCCGAAGGACGCAAAGAAAAAAAACUACCAUCAAACAAUUAUUCACUGCAGCCAGCAAGUUCCAAAAAAAUUUAAGAAGAGGUAUAUACUUGGCGUGCAUCCUGUACCACGAGGACAAGGUCCUGGUGACGAACGAAGACUUUUUGCCUGUGAUAGAGAUCGACGAAACGUUCCCCAGUUGCAUCCAUUCAGACUUGCACUGGUUAAUGAAGGUGGCAUGCACCUGGGACGACACCAAAUCCCUCCGGACAGACAUGGAGAAACAUUCCUCGUCUGCUAUCCACUUCCGGACCAAACUACUAACGGCCGCCCUCCAAAUGCAAUCGUCACUUUGUCUCCAAGACCUCGGGCAAUUGCAUUAUAAGCCAUUAAGAGAUUCGCAGGGUACUGUUGUCUUAAGCACGGUCAACUACGUUAAAAGUCCGAAGUCCGUGUCCGUGUUGAAUUCGCGGUGGUUGCCGAUGAAUAAGGUGUUCAAGAAGACGGUAUUGAGUGAUGAUCACAAUGUCAGUGAGAUUUUAAUGGCUUCUAUACAAGAGCAGAUCAAUUAUCAUCAGGUAUCAAGUUUGAAGCUGACAAAAGGCUUGUAUUUAGCUUAUCUAAAGAUGCAAAGUUCAGUCGACAUGAUCCAAGUAGUAGUCUCCACCAAAUCACCAAAUAUGUUGCCUCACUGCAAAAUCAGGGAUAAUCCGCACGUUUCCGCUGAGGAAUGGGAGUAUCUAAAGCAGCAACACCUUCCAGAUGUUGUGGAUAAUGCAACAGAACUGCAACGAACUUUUCUAGAAUUGGUAACAUCAGCAGCUAAACGUCUCUUCAACUACAUGGACGUGAGCAACGAAGAAGCAAACACGCAUCGUCUUUACGACACUGAAGUCAUCGAUCUCACCGAUGAGGUUAGCUUCAUUAUAAUCUGCCCUUCCGCCGAGUUUUCCUGCUCUGUACCAGGUCAAAGAGAGAUACUACUUCAAAGGGGAGACCUGUUAAGUUUACCGAUUCAAGUAUUCGAGAUGAUCCACUUGAACACUUAUCAGAACAGUAUUAUCAGAAAGUACUCUAAGCUGAGCUGUUUGUUGGAAUUGGAUGCAGCGAGUGCGAGUCACAUGCACCGGGAAGCUUUUUCCAACAGCGAGUUGGCGAUCGCCAAAGAACGCUUAUCAAAACUACAAGAUUUGCAAACAAAACUCAACACGAUUUGGAAAAGUGUGAGAUGGCUGAUGGAGGCUAUAACCUUCGCCAGAGACCGGAUAUCUUCAGGAAUACUGAUGAGAUACAUCCUUGAGAAAGAAGUGGGAGUGUGCACGAGUCCUAAGCGCAGCCUGUUACAAAUACCUCCGCGAGACUCGAAGGUGGUGAAAAGCACGCCGGGUCGCGGUUCUUGGCCGGGACCAGGCAGUAGCAACACUAUAAACCAAUCGAACGGGUUAAUUAACUCGGAGUUUAGCAAAAGUGAACAACAUUUGAGCACGAACGAAGCUUCGUCGCAGUACUUGAGCGCUUGCAGUGACUCCGAGUCAAGAAAGAAUAGUGACAGUUACAACAGCGACUACUUCACCUCGCACAUGGUGCCGAGCAGGAGCGAAGAUAUGCUUUUCUCCAUCCCCACCUCCUCCAGCAAUCACAGGGUCAGAUCCAGUACAGUCAGUAGUGUUUCCGCCGCUUCCAGCCCUUUAUUGAGUGUCAGACCGAUGUAUGGAGGCAGCUUGGUCAGUGUGAACACAAUUAACACGACAAACACUUCAGACAGUUUGCACAGUUUAAGUUCCGACUCGGAUUCGAAUCCGGUGCCGAUGGGUUCGAGCACUCCACACCGGAAACACAGGCCGAAGAUCGCACCUUCAAGAAGCAUGACCAACGUAAAGCAAAAUCUGGAUAUUAGCACCAAGUCCGAGACGCGCAGGCCGCGACACCUAAACGUGGAACCUGACCUGUUUCAGAGUAAUUUAGAACAUAGUCUGUCUAAAAGUCUCACCAACAUUAAAACUGUGUCCGACAUCGACGUGAGUGGAUCCACGUACUUGAAACCUUCAGACGUGAUCAAGAAGGAACAUCCGGAAGAAGGUAUGUUCAAGGUGCCGCAAGGGACAUCAAAAGAACAACCGAGCGGGAUCAUACAAGUAUACGCGGCCUAUGAGACGGGAUUGGCAAGCGGGACAAGUUUAAAACUUCACGUUACACCCAGGACCACUGCAAGAGAAGUGGUCGAUUUGGUGGUGAAGCAGCUGAACAUGGCGGUGGUAUUGAAGCAAAAAGAUGGGCCGAUCUACUCGGCGGAUAAAUUGAAGAAUUUUUGUCUGGUCGCUGUGAUUGGGGCAAGAGAGCGUUGUCUGAGAGAUGAUUUUAAACCGUUACAGUUGCAAAAUCCGUGGAAGAAAGGGAGGUUAUACGUUAGACAGAAGCAGGAUGUGCUGGCGGCUCUGGAGCACAGCAGCAAACACAGCGCGAUCAUAUGAGGGCGCGAAGAACUGAUUUAAAUUAAUGAAUUCUUAGUCAAAUGGAAAUGGUGCUAGUAUUUGAUCGUUUCGUCUUAUGAAUAUCCUAAUGAAUUUUUGCCUAAUUAUGUUAGUUGUGUGUGUGUAAAUAGUGUGGCAAUUCCUUUAGAUGACUUUUACUGUCCUACUGGGAUUCUAAAGGUUGUUUACAAUAUUUAAUACUGUGAUUUAAUUAAUUUAAAACAAGGAAAAUCAGGACCAUUCAUAUGUUGUUUUCUGCCGGAUGAUUUCUGAUGGUAAUGUUCGAUAGCAACGAAAGUCAAUUACGUGGAAAUGCGUCAGAAAUCGUUCGCGUUUUUACAGGGGCAUUCAAGUCGUUGUGGUGUACGUGUUUUAUAGAUAGCGUUGCUGUUUUCAAAAAAACUUUAAAAUCAAAAAAGCUCUCUAGAUUCCCCUGUAGAUCUUUGUCGUCCAUAGCAGUACCUAAAGCUGUUUAUCGUCCGGUUUUGCUCAUUUUGUUGUUAGACUUAAGAUGAAUCGAACACCAAAACUUUUAAAACAUAAUUAUAAUACCAAAUAUAAAAUGUCUAUUUAUUAUAAAUGUUAGAUGAACAAAUAUAUUUAAAUACAAAUGGAACUUACAACAUCGCUCGACAUGGAAAUAUAAAUUAUCGUGGGUUGUUGUGAGAUUCCCUGGUGAAAUAGCGUAUUAAAUAAUUAUGGCUUAUAAACAAAACUGGCCCCAAAAUGUCUUAGAAAACCAUAUCAUAGAAUUUUAUGUGUUCAUAUAAACGGGAAUUUUUAUUUACGCAAAUUAUUAUUUUAGUACAAAUGUAUUGUGUUAGCAAAUUUUAUAUGUGUAUAUAAUUUUUAUUGAAUAUAUAUGUAUAUAUAUGUGUAUAGAAAGUAUAUAUUAUACAGUGCAAUAAAAAAAUAUGUAAAUAACGUAUCGACACAAGUAUUUGUAACAAAUAUUCAAGUCGACUUUUAUAUUUGAUAUGAAGAGUAUUUUUUCGCUGCAUUGUAUAUUUGUUGUAUGCACUGGAGUCUUGAAAUGGACAAAAAACGUUAAGAAUUGUGUGAUAGAUUGUAAAAUACUCUAAUAAACAUGUUAACAAGU